GCUUUUUUAUUAUGGAUUCUAUGGGGAAGCAGAUAUUCCAGUCGGGCUUUGCUGUACCACCUUGUCCAGCACGCUACGGGGAACUAUAAUAUUUCUUCCCUAAGAUGCUGCUGUGAAUUUCGGUCCCAGGAAGUCAAGCGAACAAAAAUAACCCAGAUAACCUGAACCGUUUGCUACUCUGUAAGAGCAGACACUUUCCAGGCACAGAUGAUGGCCAAAAAUUCCCUCGAGGGGUCUAAAGAGGACCUGAGCAAAAUUUCAGAGGAGGAGAUGCUGAGGUGGAGCAAGGAAGAGCUGGUGAAAAGACUGAGGAAAGUGGAGAAUGAAAAGAUGAACUUAAUGGUGGAACACGGCAACUUGAUGAAGGAUGUGAACCGGCGGCUGCAGCUCCACCUGCACGAGAUCCGCGGGCUGAAGGAGGUCAACCAGAAGUUGCAGGACGACAACCAGGAGCUGCGGGAGCUCUGCUGCUUCCUGGACGACGACCGACAGAAAGGCAAGAAGCUGUCGAGGGAAUGGCAGAGGUUCGGGAGGCACACGGCCAGCGUGAUGUGGAAGGAGGUAGGCAUGUACCAGCAGAAGCUGAAGGACCUGGAGGCGAGGCAGGAGACCCUGCUGCGGGAGAAUGUGGAGCUGAAGGAGAUGGUGCUGAUGCUGGAUGAGGAGCGGAGCGGGGCCGGCUCGCGGAGCUCCAUCGACAGCCAGGCCAGCCUGACCAACCUCAACGGCGGCUCUGCCACCAGGGACGUGGGGGAUGGGAGCAGCACCUCCAGCACGGGCAGCGCUGGCAGCCCCGACCACCACCACCACCACCUCCACCAUCACAAGGCUGGCGAAAGCAAGGCUGGGGCCAUGCGGAGGUCCAUGGAUGACCUAUCUGCGCCUCUACAUCACCGGAGCAUCCCCAAUGGUCUCAACGAUUCAUCUUCCAACUACAUCAGACAACUUGAAACAAAAGUGAAACUGCUGGAGGAUGAUAACAAGCUUCUCUCUCAGCUGACUGACUGCAACAGCUUGCCACGAAAUUUCAGCAAGCAAUCCAGCACUGGAGAUUUGAGGACUCUGAGGAAAGGGUUGUCCCCAUACCACUCUGAGUCACAGCUGUCCUCACUGCCACAGUAUCAAGAUGCCCUGCAAAACGGACCAGCUCGCAUGACUGCUGAUCUUGCUUCGUCUCCUGCAGCAGGAUACGUCCCUGUUGGUCAGAAACCAGAGGCUGUUGUGCAUGCCAUGAAGGUCCUCGAGGUCCAUGAAAAUUUGGAUAGGCAAAUGCAGGACAACUAUGAAGAAGACCUGAGUGAAAAGGAGAAGGCGAUUGUUCGUGAAAUGUGUAAUGUUGUCUGGCGAAAGCUGGGCGAUGCUGCAAGCUCCAAACCCUCCAUCAGGCAACAUCUGUCGGGAAACCAGUUCAAGGGGCCGUUGUAGGAGUGCUGUCCCGUGGGCUGGAAGUGAUUCUGUGAAGACUACGAGGGGCAGAGCUCACUAUUUCUGGCUGCCCGUUCUGCGGGAGUUGGGGUUGAGUUUUUUCAGGGUUUCCUUUUUUGGUCUUCUUUUUUUAAACUGUCAAUAGUGUAAAUAUGGCAGCUAAAGGCCUGAUUUCCAGGCUGUGGUGCUCUGGAACUGAUGUUCAAUGGGUAACCAUCCAGUAAUACCAGACUUGCAUCAUUUGUAUUGUAGUUCAAACCCGCUUUGUUGUAUGGUCUGUUUUUAGAAUUAACUAACUUGAGAGCAUUUUGAAGACAAACAAGAAGAACCCUUAACCCAUGGAGAAGUCAGUUUGUGUCACUCCUGCCCACCUGCUUGUCAAUGAUUCACAGCUAGGUUAGCGGCUCCAGGCAGCACCUGAUGGAGCCUUCUGAGCAAAGAGCAAUUUGAAUUCCCCAGCUUAUGGGCUGUCAGGCUCCUGAGCUGCUAGCAGGUUUUUGGAAGUGCUUGUUGUGAAGGAAGAAAUAGAACUAUUUUCACCUGGCGUUGUGUAAAACACUGAGCAGUGAGAUGAAAGCACUUUGCCCCCCUGUGUACGUUGUGUGGUGGUACUCAUCACACAAGCAUACAGAAGAGCUUGAGACGCCGUAUGAGCUGUUAAUGAACUAUUUUUCAUGAACAAAUGAUGAGAUUUCUGCAGCUGUAAUGUGAAUGAACUGAAGUCACUUUGCCACGCACCAGUAUUUCCUACAAAUAUGGCAACACUGUUCCUGUAAGUUUUUACUACUAAGCAAUUCGGCAGAAAUUGCCAUCCUAACAGUGCUUAUGGCUUUCACAGUAUCUUCAAGAGCAGCUCAUCUUUCACCUAUGGAAGAUUUGGGUAUUGUUUUUAAUGUUCUCGCUGGAUCCCUCACCUCUGUCGGUUACCGUGAAAGGUAACCCAACAACAACCUUGCAGAGCUGAUUAAAGCUCAAUAAACACAGGCUGUCUGGUGAGACUACUUCCUGCCAUUGAAGCUUUAUUUUUGUUAAUGAACCAAAACAAGUGGGUUUUUUUCUUCUUCAAAUGGUUGUAUAUAAAACAAUGGGACUUAUAUUUUGCUAUUGUGCAGUACCGCUUGUAUAGCUGUAAGAAUUUGAACCUCACCCCUUCUCUUCCAAGCUAUCACAGCAGCUGUCCUGGUAUUUCAUUCAGUGUUCCCAUAUUUCCCAAUAGUGCGAGGAAGCUGAACUUGGUUCUUAAACUCAUUGGUGUAAAAUAAUGUAAAAGACAGAUACAUGUAAUGAUCAAAGCCUUCUCUUCAAAAGUUGCAUCAAUUUUAGUGAUUAGCUCAAAGAUUUAAUGACCUCAGACACCAUUACUUUCGUCUUAUCCUCUCUAGGACUCAGUCACAGCUGCAGAUGGAUUAGUGAGACAGGUUCUUCCUCUUAAAUUACUUUGCUCUACCGGCAGAGUCCUUCAUUUGUGCUACUUCAUGAAUAAGGAGCGCCGAUACAAUACCAGGAGGCCCACGCUGCGAGAUAGGAAACGGCUAAUUGCUCCCAUGGUAAUUAGUAUAACUAGCUGCCUGGGUAAAGAAUUUGUGGUGUCAGAGCCUAGAUCUGUAAGCAACAAAAACAGAGCCAGAAUACAACCAAUAUCUGUGCUAACCAUUAAGAACCACCUCAUUAUUGAAUGCAGAAAUCAAAAUAGAACAAAAAAAAUGAAGAACAAAAACCUCCCCCAAAACACACACACACACACACACACACACACACACCGCCAGCCAGUAGUUUGUUUCUCACUAUUGCUCAGUUAGCAAACACUGAACUUGCUAAUUCUAACUCUGGUGAUAUUUAUACCCAGUGUAGUCUGGAAAGAUCCAUUCAGGACUAUGACUCCCCUUUAAAAUACGCCAUCUGCAGAAGCUUCCUGAAUUCCUCCUUCUUGCUUUGUGUUUUAAUCUCCAGUUUGUAGUCACCCUGCAUUACCUUUCUUCCCCCUGCAAAAUUUGUAUCUUUUUGUACCAGAAAAGGUGAUAUAAAUCAGACCAUCGUUCUUCCUUAGCAUGGAAUGCAUAACAGAGGGUUACUGUAGCUUCUGUCUGCUUGAAAGCCCGUUUUAAUUUUGGUGGCAUCUAAUCUCUGGAUUAAGCAGAGAAUUUGAUCAUAUUGGGAACAAGGUUAAUUUACGUCAGUGAAUUUUAACUAAAACAACAAAACGUUGCCAGAGUUUUUGGGGUGUUAAUUUUGUUGAUGACGUGCUUGCUAUUUUAGGACUAAAUAUUAAGACUAGCAAGUGCUCUCAAGGAGAAGGGAGCUCUGCUGAUCAGAUUACCAGCCCUGCCAGCUAUGUAGCUCUCUCUCAAGUAUUCCCUGUAUCACUUUCUAUUCGAUGACUUUAAGCAAAGCCUGUUUUGUUCCACCUGCAGAGCUCGCCUCCAUGGGAAAUAGUGCUGUGAUUGAGGCCCAGUAGUGCUGCAAAGCCAAAAGAGCCACUUCUCAGGGGAGCCAGUAGUCCAGCUGAACAGCCUCUGCUACUCUUAAAGUGACAAUUGUUUUUUUGCUGAUUCUGUUUGGCAGCAUAGAUUUUCAGUGUAAGAUGUGCAUUGAUUUUGCAGAACACGAGUGCUGUAGAGUAGGGUGUUGUCUGAGGAUAUUUAGGCGUGCUGCUCUUAACUCCGUUUGAGCUAUAAAGUGUCUUCCUGGAUUAAACCAACGCUUGAUGACUUUACAGGAUGACUUUCAGUUGUCUGAAAAGCCGAAUUAUCUGCGUAUUUAAAUUAAUGGAUCCACGUGCUGAGUUUUCAGUUUCCGUACGUCAAGUUGGAGGGGAGCGUCCCUUGAAAUCAUGGCCAUUGAAUUGCUAUUUGUUGAGCAGCAGACCAAAUGUAAUUUCCUCAAGCUCGAAGCCCUAGGUUCUGCAAUCCCCUAGCAAAGAAAGCAUCCAGCUAUUACAAAUGGACUUUGCUUGCUUAAGGGAAGUGACGUGACAUCUUUGGCUUUUGUUGGAGCGACUGAAGUGCACGGCAUUUGUGUAGAAGUUUCUGGAAUGCUGUGGUGUAACCGACUGCAGUCGGCUCUUUGCACCUUGGUAAGACUGCUGAGCACAACCUUGUUUGAGAAUGGCACAUUUUUAUCCAAAUAUUAGCUAUUGAAAUAAACAAACCAGUGUUAAAGUGACCUUUUAUCUUUUUAGAGACUGCGGGGGAAGAGUUACUACUGAUCUUUUGCAAACCAAGUGCAUGACUGUAAAGUGAUAAAAUUGUAUAUUUUUCAUAACGUGGGGAAAGUCUAUUUGUGCUGCUUUAGAAAUCAGUUUGAAGUUUGAUUUCUGUUAAACCCGUGAUCUUACAGCCCUGCUCUAUUUUCUGUAUAUGAAUUUCAAAGAACUGGAAAAGUUAGCACCCGCUGUUGUGUAUAUAGCAGAAUUCUUUAGACCUUAGCACGCGUUUUUACCUAUUGAUGAACCACUCUGGCUUUUUUGGGGACGGAAAGUAUUAGUACAGAUUUUUUUGAUAAUGUGUGUAAAACAUUCAUUUGAAAUAUUUUAGUAAAAAUGAAGUAAGAGAUGGAUUGUGAUAGUGUAUACUUCUAGUUGAAUAAAUUAAAAUACAUUCUUUUUCAAUAAACUGAUGAAUAAGACUUGGGAGGCAGCUGCUGGAAUACCGUGAAGUGUGAAUCACAGUUACAAACUCUGAGUAACGCGACAACUCUGGAAACCCACUGAGUCCAGAACCAAUUUUAUUUGGGUAGAUGACGUGAAUGGAGUUAGUCCCAUUUAUAACCAGGAUGUACAUCACAGUAGGUUGUUACAUUCAGACUUUAACACUUAGAAAAUAUAUAUAUUAUGUACAGGAAUUUGCAAAUAGGUGUAAACAUAACAAUACUUUAAGAUACCAGUACAUUCCAAAACAAAAAUAUCAGCAAGGCAAACACCUCAAAACGAUUCCAGUCAGUCAGCAUUCAGAAUCUCUCUUUAAAUAAAGUAGCUUUUAUGCUUGA